AUGUUGGAGAUUCUAUCAUUAGUUCAAGAUAUACCAGAUUUCAAGUAUAGGAUAUCCAAACUCAACCCACAACCAAAGAAGAGGUUCCAUUUCAACCAGUUUAAAGACUUGUGUGUACAUUUGUUCAAAAAGGGCAAUGAUGAAACCGACUGCAAUCACCCCAUUAUCGUGGUUCUCAAACCUGAUGAAGAUGAAGAACAGGAAGAAGGUCGGGAGCAGCGACAAAACUCGCAGGGAAAAUCCGCUGCUUUUGCUUCUUCGUUGGAGAAGCUAGCUUUCCGAGAAAAAUGCAUUCUUCUAGACUAUUUUUUUGGCCAUCAUUGUCUAUUUGUCAUUUGCGAUGUCAGCAGCCAUUUGCGGAGCCAGAGAGAUUCAGACGCCAUCGCCUCAACCGUACAUAAUAGAAUAUCAAGAAUAGGUGCUUGGACCGAGACGGUCGAGGCCACGUUAAACACCGCUUCGAAAACUACCUCGAGGAUAGACAGGGACUUGGAAGAAGAGAUCUUGCAGUGGCGAGGCGAACGAGUACCGACAAUGACCCAACUACUCCACAAGAACGUCACCAGGACCAACAAAUCCAGCAAACUAUUGAUCCACAUCAAGCACUUGUUGACCCAGGAGAUUGAUUUUGUCAAACUAUUGUCGAACCAACUGCCCCAGCACUUUGCUCAUCUUUCGGCUAUCAUUGGCGAUUGGUCUUUCCCGGCUCACGAACUCAAUAAUGACGAUUUGAUCUUUUGCGCUUUUGCCAUGUUGAAAUUUGUCCUUAAGCAAAUCGAAUUGGACUUUGCCAAAACCAAAACCGGCCAAGAACGAAGAUUCCAGUUUGCUGAUAAACUAACGAUACCAACGGAUAAUGAAUUGUUUUUGCUUAUUUUUCUUGUUCGCGAAAGCUAUAGAAAUGGCAACCCGUUCCAUAAUUUCCGCCAUGCUGUCGAUGUAUUACAAGCUUGUUUCUACUUCUGUCUCAAAUUGGGAGAUUUCAAAGAUGACGAUGACGCCAUUGGCGAGUUUGAAGUUGAUUUGAAAGAAAUAUUGCGAGAGCUACCUCGGCCCACGGGCAACCACUGUCGAAUAAACCCCAUACAAAGCUUAGCAUUGCUAGUGUCUGCAUUGGGUCACGAUGUGGCCCACCCAGGUAUCACUAAUAAUUUUUUGAUUCAACACAAAGCACCAAUCUCGCUUAUUUACAACGACCGUUCCGUGUUGGAAUCGUAUCAUGCAUCCAUUUUCAUCAACAAGAUACUUGUGCUAUAUUGGCCUAGCUUGCUUGCCACGAAAAUCUCGCUGGCCUCGAAAUUAACGAUUCAGGAUAUCAUUAGUGUGGCCAUCAUUGCUACUGAUAUGUCUAACCACUUUGACUAUCUACAUGAAUUGAAAACUUGGUCCCAAGAGGGAGGCCAGAAUAGCGAUGGGUCAUGCAGCGACUCCAAGUUGAAGCUCAUGGCGGCGUUAUUGAUCAAGUCGGCCGAUAUUUCCAACGUGGCGCGUCCCUUGAAAAUCUCCUCGCAAUGGGCGGUGGUUUUACAGCGAGAGUUUGACGAGGUUUCACAACUUGAAGCUUUGAUUCGGUCACUCAAUGAUUCAGAGGAAACCAGCGGCAGUACCAACAACAACAACAACAACAACUACAAUGAGAAAAGCAAAAACAAAAAUAACAACAACAAGACUGCCAAUAGCGAAGAUCUCACCGAUGACAGCGAUCUGCUGUCUAUCAUUGGAUAUUUUGAAAAAGAAGAAAUCGUCUACGAGACCAUGCCCACAGAGAUCGACAAGAUUGUGUUACGGUACCCCUUGAUUCCAAAGGGGCAGUUGUUCUUUAUUGGAACAUUUGCUGAGAACUUGUUCAACAACAUCAGCAAAUUGUAUCCUCCCUUGGAUUUUGCGUGUGAAAUCAUAAAGGAAAACAAGAAAUAUUGGCAAGGAAGAGAAAAGGAACACACCAAGGUAAAAAGCAACCAACUGAACUCCACUCAACUGAGUUGA